GUUGACAGGGUACGGUUUCCCCCACUGCUUGACUGAGGACGAUAUGCAUGACGGGUACUAUAUUCCAAAAGGCUCCUUGAUAAUGCCUAACCUCUCGUUCAUGCUCAAUGAUCCACGGACGUAUGCUAACCCCUCGCAAUUUGAACCUGACCGCUUCUUGGCUAGGGAUGGAAAGGAACCUGAAACUGACCCUCGCACAAUCUGCUUCUGCUUCGGUAGACGUAUCUGCCCAGGUAUGCUCAAGUCACAGAAGCACCGAUAAUCAAACCAGGAUCCUGAUGUUACUGACUUUCGAUGUACAGGGCUCCACCUGGCUGACGCCUCCAUCUGAAUAUCCACCGUGAUGUCACUGGCCGUGUUUGACAUUUCAAAGGUUAUCGAGAAUGGUAUUGAGAUCACCCCUGAGGUUGACCACUUACCAGGCUCGAUCAGUCACCUUAAACCCUUCAAGUGUUCUAU